UGGCGCGGUAAAUUUAAUAUAUUUGGUUUUAUGACUAUAACAAUAAGUUAUUGGCAUUACAGAACACUAUUACCACAGAACAUAUUGUUUAAAUUCUGUUUGCCACAGAACAGAACACUAGGUCUUACCGAACUCAAAGAGAAUUUAAACACUACGUUUGUCGUUUACCGAACUAUUACUCUCAAAGACCACAUCCAGACUCCAGAAUUUGCAAAAAACUAAAAAGACGGAUAAAAUCUGUAAACAAACAACAUGUCCAGACAAUGCCAAUUUGGAUGGCCCAAUGACCCAAUUUCGAGAAUUCGGCUGGAAGUUUGUAUUGAUAGCUUAGAGUCAGCUAUAAAUGCUAUCCGGGGUGGAGCUCAUGAGAUUGAAGUGUGCAGUUCUCUCACAGAAGGGGGAUUAACUCCAUCGGCAGGCCUCAUUACUGAAGUUAUUAAGAAAGUUAAUGAAAUUCAUAAUGAAGUGGCUGAAGAAUCCAUAGAACAUCAUGAAAAAAGUCAGAUUACUAAAAUCAAUGUGAUGAUACGGUGCAGAGGCGGUGCAGACUUUUGUUAUACAGAACAUGAAAUAAGUACAAUGUUAGCCGAUAUUGCAUUGUUUAAAGAAAUGCCGAUUGACAGAUUCGUUUUUGGCGCGCUCACAGAUGAUAAAGAAGUUGACGUUGACACCUGUUUAAGAGUAAUAUCAGCGGCCAGUCCGAUUCCACUGACAUUCCAUAGAGCGUUCGACCUGUGCGGAAACCCAGAGAUUUCUAUUCAGAAAUUAGUUAAUCUUGGUUUUGACAGACUUCUUACAAGUGGUCAGCAGGGAUCGGCAGUUGAAUUGAACGCUGUAGAUUUAAUUCGUAGAUUACAUCAAAAAUAUAGCGAUAAAAUAGAGAUAAUGCCAGGCUCUGGUGUCAAUUCUGGAAAUGUUGCGGUAUUCGUCGCUAUGGGUUGUACCAUUGUACAUAGUUCGUGUAAAAAACGGCGUAGUGGCGGCUACGUUACUAACGAUCUUGGUAUGGGUUCUACUGAGAUGUUUGUGACUGAUGAAAAUAUUGUUAGGGAUAUGGUUAGAUCUAUAACUAAUUGUAAGGGAACAUCAUAAAUAACAGUUUUGCUUCAUAAUUAAUAUUUCUGUGAUAGAUGUUUAUAGAACAUGUACAAUCAAGUAUAUUUUAUAGAACACUAGCAGACGUUGUUCUGUAUAUAAUAAAUGAAAUAAUGUAUUUAUAUGAAUUUGUCAAUAAUAUAUCAUAACAUCAAAAAUUACUUCGUAAAAUAUGCACCCUGCUGUCGUAAUGAAAUAGUUUCACAGCAGAACUGUCAAACCGUGCGUCAAUAAAUUCUCUCAUAGAAAUUAUGUAUGGACACAUCAAAGGAAAAUCAAAAUUGAUGUUUUUAUUUAAAUCCGAGGAUUUUCAUGUUUAUUCAAACCUUUUAAACCUUCCCUGGACUUCCACAAAUAAUUCACGACCAAAAUUAGCCAAAUCGGUCCUGCCGUUCUCGAGUUUUAGCGAGACUAACGAACAGCAAUUCAUUUUUAUAUAUAUAGACUAGUAGACCCAACAGACGUUGUCCUGUACACACGUCAAAAAUCGGUCCAGCCGUUAGGAGUUCACUAACAUACUCAUGAGCUGGAGAAUUAUAUUAUAUGGACGGAAUUGAGAAUCUAAACCAAUCUCAAAUUCACUGAAACAAACAAAAAAAUCAUCAAAAUCGGUCCAGCCGUAUAGGAGGUAGUUUAAUUGUGAAUCUAAACCAUUCUCGAAUCCACCUGAAGACACACAACAAUCUCAAAUUCACUGGAACACACAAAAAUAUCAUCAAAAUCGGUCCAGCCGUUUAGAAGAUACUUCAAUUGUGAAUCUAAACCAUCCUCGAAUCCCCUUGAACUCACACAAAAAAUUUCAUCAAAAUCGGUCCAGCCGUCUAGGAGGAGUUCAGUGACAUACACACGCACACAAGAAUUAUAUAUAUAAAGAUAUACAUUUGACUAUAGCUGGAUAUACCUUGAGGAUAUGUAGUUUCCCGCAGGAGUAGCUCGCCACAGGAAUAGUAAUGAUACUGCUACUUUGAAGUCAGCCUUGUUUAUUUCCUUGUUCUUCGUUCCUGUUAACUAGUUUUUAAGCAAGACUUUUAUAUUAAUAUUUUAUAUUGUAAUUUUAUAAUCUUUUAAUAAAUAAAUUGGAAAUUGA